AUGGAAUACUGGAUUGCCAUAGUCAUCAAAAAGUCUAGACUAAAAGCUCCCAAAGGAUGGAAGCGAAAGAAGAAUGUUAACUGCGUGCAGAAUGUUCCCAAAAUGUUGCUAGGAAUGAAGGACAGCAUAACCCUUCUGAAACCCGUACCACCACAGAUUCGUGAGGUGGUACGAGUCGAGUCGAGUCCUCGGCACAUAUGGGACAUUGUUUAUGCUCAGUGUAACGUAUCGUAUGGCGAAGAAUCGAAUUAUCCGCCAGGAGAGGAUAGUGCCGAGGCUUAUCGUGAGCAAAAGGAGAACUUCUUGAAUUCUGGUGUCGGUGAUGUGCACAGAAAUCUUCAUGAUGUGAGACAGCAGACAGUAGGAUGGUUAUUGUCGUGUUUUGUUGCCAGUCUACGAGUGUCGGUUUUUCUUCCACGACUUGCUUCAGAAGCCGUUAGCCAGUUUACAGAAUUUCAGCACUGUAAUUUCCAUAGUCCACGGAUCUCCCUCACUAGAGGGAUCACAGCCGGGGAUGGACUCCCUGUUUCUGCUGAGCCAAGACUGACUCAUGACAUCCUUGUAUCCCGCACGUCGGUCCGGCCAAAAGCCUGCAAUCAAGUGACUGGGAGGUGCAAGAGAGGCGGUUUGGAGUCGCCUCCAACAAAUAAGCUCCACAUGUCCACUCCGGGAGAACGAAAGUUCUCCCAGAAACUCAUGGGACUAGAGGCUUGCAACCUGCCCAUGGGUUUUAAAAUUUUUACGCAAAACAAUAAUAGAAAAGAGUCUCCUGAUUCCGAAGGAAAGCCUGGUACGGUAGCGCUAAGUAGGACGGGGUUGCAGGAGUCAUAUAGGCUACCAAAACGGAAAAGGACUAGGAUGGCGAUCUGUACUUAUAACGCACGUACGCUUGCAUCGGAAGCGGCCAUCGAAGAUCUGAUGCAAGCCAAGAAGAUCAAGUACGACGUCAUCGGACUGACCGAGAUGAGACGACGUCACCCUCUCAACGCCGUAUAUGAAACUGGAGAAGAACUGUUCUUAGGAACAUGCGACAGUAGAGGUGUUGGUGGAGUUGGUGUCCUCGUCAACACGAGUAUGGCAAAGAACAUCGACUCUUUUGAACAACUUACGACCCGAAUCGGACGUCUGCGGAUGAGAAGAUGUGACCCAACACCAGCUUUGACUAUCUUCGUCGCUUACGCUCCAACAUCAAGCUACGAAGAAGAAGAAGUCGAAGCUUUCUAUAUGGACCUGGAGAAGUUCUACCGAGAAGACCAUGCCUUCUACGAGGUCAUAAUUGGCGAUUUCAACACCAAGGUUGGCCCAAGAAGAACGCCGGAGGGACUUCACAUCGGGACCCACAGCCUACAAUGGAAUGACCAGGGGGAGAGGCUCUCCGAGUUCAUCAUGACGACUAAGACCAUCCAUGGGAACUCGCAAUUCCAGAAGCCCUCCUCUCUACGCUGGACGUGGGAGUCACCCGGUGGAGGGUAUCGUAAUGAAAUAGACCACAUCAUCGUCAAUAAAAGGUUCUGCCUGACGGACGUCGGUGUUGUACCAAAGUUCUAUACGGGAUCGGACCAUCGCCUCCUCCGAGGAAGAUUUUCCUUCACAAAGAGAGCAGAGAAAGCCGCCAAGUUCAGAGAGAGAAAUCCCAGGACUACCAUCAACUGGGAUCUCUUCGCUACGCUAGCCGGCUUUUGGGAAGAUUCCGCAAUGGACAACAUCGACGAGGAAUAUGACCGGCUUGUUGAACACCUUCACGACUGCGCGAAGAAGGCUGAGAGUUUUAAAACCACCAAGAGGCGCCUGUCUCUUGAAACUCUUGAGCUGAUACGCCAGCGUGGAGCAGCACGAGCCGCAGGGAACCAAGAACUCACGUCCGAGCUCGCAAGGCUUUGCAGAGAGGCGAUAAAGGAAGACCUUAAAGAGAGAAGAGCAGAAGUGCUGACUGAAGCUGCAGAGGCGGGAAAAGCAUCCGCUAUGCCCGUCGAGACUUUGCCAGUCGCAAGGCGAGUAUGA